AAUAACCUUAACCCACUAACUGUGAAUACCCUCUCUCUCUCUCUCUCUCUCUCUAAGACUUCAUGCCCAACCAGCAGCUGCAGCCGGCGCCCAGCCCCGCCGUCGCCGAACUCUUCUCCUCACGUUGUCGUCGGCAGUGACAGACAGAGGGUCAGAUCGAAGUUCUUCUCCUCUACUUCGUCGCCUCUGGACUUGCAGAUCGAAGCUUGUGGCCGUCUUCUCUACGUCGACAUAGUCUCCUCUUCAAGCCCGAUCAGUUUGCUUCCUCCCUCGCUGAACCUUGAUAAUGAACGUGGAUGGUGAAUUGCCGAAUAUAAAGAGGUGGAUUGUGUUGUACCCUAUUUACAUGAAUUCGAAGAAGACGAUGGCAGAAGGAAGACGAAUUGGAUUCAGCAAAGCUUGCGAGAAUCCCACGUGUGCUGAAAUUGGCGAUUGCUGCAGCUAUCUGAAACUCCCUUUUGCAAUUGAGAUUGACAAGGCUUACCCGCGUGAUUUCAUGCAAAAAGGGAGAGUGAGGGUGUUGCUAAAGAAGGAAGAUGACACUCUUUUUAAUCCCACUAUCUCAUCCAGAAAACAGCUAAUGCUUCGUGUUGCAGACAUGGUACCCAAACAUCAUGGAAGGACAAAGAAACAGGAGGCGGCUGUGUCAACAUCAAAUGCAGGAGCUUCCAACAAAUCUGGGAAAGGUGGAAAAAAGAGGAGAUAAUUUUUAAAAAUAUUAUCUUAAUUAUUGGAUGUAUUGUUGUAGGGGUAAUUUGUCCUAAUUGAGUUCAAGUUUUUACCACCCGAAUGAGUGUCAAUGUAUUUAUGAACCUUCACCAAACAGUUUCAAGGAUCGUGCACUUGAUUAUAGGACAUUUUAUUCCUAUAAUCCAACAUUGGUAAAACUCUUUUUCUUCCCUUUUGUCGAGGGAAGAAUCACAUCAUGUUUGUGCUUUACAAUCAAGAAACAACUAAUAGAACAUGCAUUUUUUUUUCUGGA